AUGGAACAAUUAGAUUUUGCAUCACCGUCCCAACGGCGAAGGAAAGACUUUCUACGCCAAAGGACACCGUUCUAUAACAAAACAUGUAAACAAGUGGGGCAACUCACCUAUGGAGUGCACAUCGACGCCGAUGACGUCAUCUCGGUAAUCUCAUUUUUUGACAAAAAAUCAGGAAGACCUAUUUCUGGAUCUUCGGACCAAUCUUCACAGCUCUCCCACUUAGCUACAUUUGAAGACUCGACAGAGGGCGGCACGGGAGCUACAAUAACACACUCAGCAGUGGCCCUGGAGCGGCUUCUGGCGGCGACACGAGAGACUACCGUACGGGACGCCCGCUGCAUCUGCAACUGCAUCGAGUCAACUACGGGUUGUGAUUGCACUCUCAGUCCUGCCAACACCGCGACUUAUGCUCCGACGACAGGGGAAUGCCCCAGUUCUCCUGUGGCUGUUGAUGACGUGUGUGCUGGCCGCAGUGAAAGGGCCGAGGGCACUGCUGCCAACCCCAGAAGAGGAACUCCCUGGCGUCAGGGAUAAUGACGAGCAGGU